UUUCAGUGUCAUUUUAUGAAAUCCCUCAUUAAACCUACAGCAGAGCGACUCCAGCAGUACGCCUCACCCUACAGCAGCCUGCAGCAGCCAGACACUGGUCUUCACCCCACAGCAGCCUGCAGCAGCCAGACACUGGUCUUCACCCCACAGCAGCCUGCAGCAGCCAGACACUGGUCUUCACCCCACAGCAGCCUGCAGCAGCCAGACACUGGUCUUCACCCCACAGCAGCCUGCAGCAGCCAGACACUGGUCUUCACCCCACAGCAGCCUGCAGCAGCCAGACACUGGUCUUCACCCCACAGCAGCCUGCAGCAGCCAGACACUGGUCUUCACCCCACAGCAGCCUGCAGCAGCCAGACACUGGUCUUCACCCCACAGCAGCCUGCAGCAGCCAGACACUGGUCUUCACCCCACAGCAGCCUGCAGCAGCCAGACACUGGUCUUCACCCCACAGCAGCCUGCAGCAGCCAGACACUGGUCUUCACCCCACAGCAGCCUGCAGCAGCCAGACACUGGUCUUCACCCCACAGCAGCCUGCAGCAGCCAGACACUGGUCUUCACCCCACAACAGCCUACAGCAGUCAGACACUGGUCGUCACCCCACAGCAGCCUGCAGCAGCCAGACACUGGUCUUCACCCCACAACAGCCUGCAGCAGUCAGACACUGGUCGUCACCCUACAGCAGCCAGACACAGAUCGUCACCCUACAGCAGCCAGCAGCAGCCCCACACUGGUCCGCCUGACCAAUGA